AUGGCCAAGUCACAUCUACUGCAGUGGCUGCUGCUGCUUCCUUCAUUCUGCUGCCCAGGUGCAGCUGCCUGGAUAACCACAUCCCUGGAUUGUGCACAAGGCCCUAAAUUCUGGUGCCAAAGCCUGGAGCAAGCAGUGCAGUGCAGAGCCCUGGGGCACUGCCUACAGGAAGUCUGGGGACAUGCAGGAGCUAAUGACCUGUGCCAAGAGUGUGAGGAUAUCGUCCAUCUCCUCACAAAGAUGACCAAGGAAGAUGCCUUCCAGGACACAAUCCGGAAGUUCCUGGAACAAGAAUGCGAUAUCCUUCCCUUGAAGCUACUUGUGCCCCGGUGUCGCCAAGUGCUUGACGUCUACCUGCCCCUGGUUAUUGACUACUUCCAGAGCCAGAUUAACCCCAAAGCCAUCUGUAAUCAUGUGGGCCUGUGCCCACUUGGGCAGGCUAAGCCAGAACAGAAUCCAGGGAUGCUGGAUGCCAUUCCAAACCCACUGCUGAACAAGCUGGUCCUCCCCGCGCUGCCGGGAGCCUUCUUGGCAAGGCCUGGGCCUCACACUCAGGACUUCUCUGAGCAACAGCUCCCCAUCCCUCUGCCCUUCUGCUGGCUUUGCAGGACUCUGAUCAAGCGGGUCCAAGCCGUGAUUCCCAAGGGUGUGCUGGCCGUGGCUGUGUCCCAGGUGUGCCACGUGGUACCCCUGGUGGUGGGUGGCAUCUGCCAGUGCCUGGCUGAGCGCUACACAGUUCUCCUGCUAGAUGCACUGCUGGGCCGUGUGGUGCCCCAGCUAGUCUGUGGCCUUGUCCUCCGAUGUUCCACUGAGGAUGCCAUUGGCCCAGGUAAGCCUGCCAUCCCCUCCCCCACUACCUCUCCCAACUCACAAUGGCCACUACACAACACUGAGUGCCAUUUCUGCAAAUCUGUGAUCAACCAGGCCUGGAACACCAGUGAACAGGCUAUGCCACAGGCAAUGCACCAGGCCUGCCUUCGCUUCUGGCUAGACAGGCAAAAGUGUGAACAGUUUGUGGAACAGCACAUGCCCCAGCUGCUGGCCCUGGUGCCUAGGAGCCAGGAUGCCCACAUCACCUGCCAGGCCCUUGGAGUCUGUGAGGCCCCGGCCAGCCCUCUGCAAUGCUUCCAAGCCCCACACCUCUGA